UGGAAGUCUUCAUCAAAAGAGCCUUUCUGGACCAGACCAAUAGAGUGAGAAUCAUCCUCCCUUUCCCUGCCGAAGUGGAUAAAAAGAACUACACACAGUAUGCCCAACCAUGGGCUUGCUAGUCCAAGGCCUAAAUGUUAUGACUCGAUUCAGUCCAGUCCCAUAUAAACCGCCGUCACUCCGACUCCCUCUUACAUUCUUCUCCCACCCACCAAGUCCCUCUCCCCACGGAUCGACUCAUAUAGAGCCCGUGAACUACAUGAGAUGGAAGUAUCGAUAGAACCUCCUAGAAAGUCGUGGAAACACGCCACUGGGAUUCGCCGAGGCAUUCGUGUCGAUAAUAUGAUUUCUGUCGAUGCUCCAACCCAUUAUCAGCGUCCUCCUGGAUCCGUUGCACCAUACAAUACCUCCACUUGGGCCCUACCAAAAGGAGGCAGCCCCACAUCGGAUACCCACUCCGCUCCACGUCUGCACCGCAGCGCCUUGUCUCCUCUCCAAUUGCCCCAGGAUAGUCGAUUGUACGAUGACAGCCUGGAUGACGAAGUUGGAUUGGGGUCUGCAGAGUCUGACGACCAAAAGUAUCUGAUUACUGCAGAGGAUGGAGAACUCGUGUCCGUAGCUGAUUCACCCGAAGCGUGCAAGCGACGACAGAAUACCGUUGCGGCACGUCAGAGUCGACAGCGAAAACUGGAAUAUGUCCGCUUGCUCGAGACUCAGGUCGCCGAAUUUCAGAGUGAGCGCGAUGGGGCUUAGAACUCGAUGCCAAAAGGCUGAGGAGAAGGUUCAGUGGUUAAAGGAGAUGCUCAUGGAUGGUCGAUGCAGCAGUUGAAUCUAGCAUGUCGACUUAACAACUUCCGACAAAACUCCUAUUUAAAAUUGCAUCUUCAACAGAUGCCCAACAUUUUGCGUGCGGAUCGCUUCAU